CCUGUGUCUCUCAUACGGAAAUAGAGCAUCUUGCUACCGCUAUAAAGUAUCACUCCGUGUCCACAUCAACCGUCCUACAAUCUUAUCAAUCGGGGAAUAAACGUCAGUCUAAUAAGCUUAUCAUGAUGUUUUCGGCCUACAACUUCUUCGCUGAUCAGUCUCCAUGGGGACUGGUCUGCUGCCUUACCCUGUCCGCCGCCCACGUCGUGGUGGGAUCCGUCAUUUUUGACCUGGUUCACUGGGCAGCUCAUCAAUCCGGUCGAUGGUCAAAUCCCAUCCUCCGCGGCUUGGCACGAAUGCAUGUCGCCCACCAUCAAUAUUUCGAUCAACGACUCAACUUCAAUUCAUCAUAUUCGUCCCGGAACCUCCUCUAUCACCUACAACUGGAGCUCCUUUGCCAGGUGGCGGGGAGCCUAGUGAGCUGGCAGCUGGCUCGCGUCGUGGCUCUCGGGAUGUCUCCGCCUGCGAAUCAGGAUAUAAUACUCGCCCUGUUGUUCUUCGUCAUACGCUCAGGCAUAGUCGCUUGGGAUGAAGGACGAGACUCGAACCACAUCUCUUACAAUCGCCUACCCAAAGACCCCCACUCAGUUAUGGUCGGACCUGAGUACCACGCGCUUCACCACAUCGACCCCCGCGGCUAUUUCGGAUCCAUGAUCCGCCUUGUGGAUUGGUGGUUUGGCACGGCCGUAACGUUGCGAGGUAGACGCAUUACCAUCACAGGCGCAAGCGGGGCGUUCGGGCAGGCGUUACUGAAGGAACUUGGCCAGGAAAGAGGCCCAUCAAUCAAGACGGUACAUUACGGAAGUGAUUGGACGUAUGACAAUUAUCACGGACUGGAAGCCACUCUUCAGAACACCGACAUUCUGGUACUGGCCCACGGAUCAAAGGGGCCCGACGCAUUCAAAGCCAACUGUGAAAGCGCGGUUGCCAUCAUCGACACAUUCAUGCGCGUCCGAAAGCCACCGAGAUCUAUGCUACUCCCGGAAGUAUGGUACGUCGGAAGUGAGGCCGAGCUUCACGGCGCAUGGACGGAUGAUAUGCGUUCUUAUACCGACUCGAAGCGUGCCUUCGUUUCAUUUGCUCGAACAUACUACGAGGACGAAAAGUUCAUUUACCGGCACAUUGUCCCAGCGGCGUUUUCAUCUGCAAUGGGGCCGGCCAUCGUCAGCGCAAACUGGGCAGCGAAGGUGGCUUUGUGGUGGAUUCGACGGGGAGCGCGGUAUGUGCCUGUCACGUAUACGGGGAUGGCCUUGUUAAACUAUUUUCGGUUCCAAUACUGGGUCAACCCGAGAAAGCUGUCAAUACCGAUCAAAGAGUCCGAGCAGCUGUCGGGUGCAGAGCUUUCAACACCGAGCUUCUCGGGUGUUGACAAGAUUCGUUGCGCGAUAAACAAUUCGAAAUCGCUCUUGUCUUGAGUCACACGUUCUUUGAGCGCGUUUGAGCCCUUGACAUCAGUCGGUCAAUAUAAAGGCCGCUGGGAGGAGUCUUUUUUGAGAAGCGGAAGGGUGCAAUGGCUGGACUAAAUAAAAAGAUAUGAUGGUGCAACAAGAUGAUGGGAUAUGUUGAGUAGAAUCUUACAGGUCAAGCCAUUUUCAUUGUCUAUCAUUAGAAGAAGAAUUAGGUCCGAUUCAAUAGUAUUUAAAUA